CUCGUUGAGAGGCCGUAUCUACCUCAGCCGUACAAAACAAACACAGAGAUACAACCUGACUCUCUCCGACUCAAAUUGCCGCUGUGUGUUCAUUCAAUUACUCAAUCCUUCUAUAAUUUGCCUCUUGAUCGAACAAAUAGGGAAUAGAAAAAAUGAGUGGAGUAGGAAAGAAGAUUGUAGAUGUAGCAUUCAAGGCUGGAAAGACGAUCGAUUGGGAAGGGAUGGCGAAGCUUCUUGUUUCCGAUGAGGCCCGCAAAGAGUUCGCCACCCUUCGCCGCGCAUUCGAUGACGUCAACACCCAGCUGCAGACCAAGUUCAGCCAGGAACCAGAACCCAUUGACUGGGAGUAUUACAGAAAAGGGAUUGGCUCUCGCUUGGUUGAUAUUUAUAAGCAAGCAUAUGAUGAGGUUAAAAUCCCCCAAUACAUUGACAAUGUCACUCCUCAGUACAAGCCCAAGUUUGAUGCUCUGUUGAUAGAGCUUAAAGAGGCUGAGCAGAAGUCACUCAAGGAAUCUGAAAGACUAGAAAAAGAAAUUGCAGAUGUCCAAGAGUUGAAGAUGAAGCUUAGUACGAUGACAGCUGAUGAAUACUUUGAGAAGCAUCCUGAGCUAAAGAAGAAGUUCGAUGAUGAAAUCCGAAAUGAUUACUGGGGCUAUUAGUUUGAGCUUCACAUCUUGCAGGUGAACCUCUUCGAGUUCAACUGCAUUUGAGGAAUAAAAGAAAAAACCUAAUUUGUUUUGUUGUUUCAAUCUUGAAUGCUCUGAAGAUUUGAAGUACAUACAUUAUUGCAUAAUUUGGAAAUCACCCUCCCAGUUGAGGAUUAAAAUGAAUAGUUUCUGUCUCGAAUUUUCUCUUUGUGAAUCUUGUAUUUGACCAUUCUCCAGCUCUUUGCCUCCAACAAAAAUGUUAUUGAUUGGUUGA